AAGACAACAAAUCCUGAUUACAGCACCGGGCCAGCAACCAGUCGCAUUUUGGCAGCCGUUAGCGUCGUUUGCAAGAAAAGAAAUACAGAGUGUUCGGUGCUCUUCCUAUCCAACCCAUCAUCAUCGAUCUGUGAUCAGUGAAAGUGCAAAAGUAAAGAUAUUUUUAGUCGUUUGAACGACACUCUGUGAACACGAUAAGCACUAUCCGUAUCUCGGCGGGCAGCCAUUCGCGAAGCCAGUGCAUCAAGUGAACUGUUUCUAGAACAUUCAAGCGGUUGAGCUUGAGGAUUUCAAGUGCAAACAGAACCUCUCGUGAGCAACAGAUCAACCACAGAAAAAGAAUGGGUGUCCAGGACGUCCAGGAUCACGUACCCGUGCAGUGCGAUUUCGAAAUUUUCGGCCAGGUGCAAGGAUGUGGAUUCACAAAACACUGCAGAGACAACUGCAUAGCGCUCGGCAUCAAGGGGUGGGUGAAAAACUCCAAACAGGGUACCAUCAUGGGCAAAAUGCAGGGAGCCAAGGCCGAUGUCAACAAAAUGUAAGUACUUACGAAUACCUACACCGU